UCAAAUGUCAACAGUGGCCUCGCUGGACGUCGUCGAGGAUGGCCAUGUGCUUAAUCUGACCAUCACACACACACACACACACUCACAGAUUCAUACUGCAUAUUCACCAGGCCAAUGCGUUGGGAAGGGUACCUGAGUGAGCUGAAGGUGGGAAUGCGGUCCAUGGGCAGCGACUUGAGCUGCACAGAGAGCUGACACACACACACACACACAGAAAGAGAGAGAGAGAGAGAGAUGGAUGAUCCCCGAUGUGGCCUGACCCGACGCGACCACAGGCAGAAUAAUGAGCACGUGAUUGUCUGUGUAUGCCUUCGCUUUCCACACACGCAUACCAGUGCGUCCCUAUUGCCGCUUAUAGCCAUGCCCUUGACGAGGUAGGUUCUGACGCCGCUCUCAAUGCCCAGCGGCAGCACACGCGGGGGCUCCGUCUUGACGAGCUGCACCACCUCAGCCUCAUUGAUCACCUGACCCUCCGUCAGCACAAACACCUGCCUGCAACGAGCACAAGGCGUAGAUGCAUCCCAUCUCGCAUCUCACGCAUGGCUGCAGCAGUUAUCCUAAUGCAUGGCGCACAUACCCCGCCGGGAGGAUGCGGUAAAGGCAGCACAGGGCCGUCACCAAUGGUAUCAUGGGUAUCAUCGGUGGUAGGGGGAUGGAUUGCAGAUGCUGGUCUCGAGUAGACCGUCGUCACUUGUGAGCGAAAAAGCGAAAACAGCCAACAAAGAAGCGGGGUUUGCUAUUUUUUCGUGUGUUUUGGCGAGAGCUGACCCGACCGUCCCUCAGCACGAACACACGGCUGCAAUCCACACACACACACACACACACACACGAGAGAGAGAGAGAGAGAGAGGAAGAGAUGGAUCUAGAGGUGUGCGUGGAAGGGGCACUCACCGUGCGUUUCCCUUAGCGGGCGUCAUGCUCAUGAAGGGGAUCUCGGUGCCGCCCAUGUCGUCAUCGACCGUCGACACGAAUGCCAGCGCCUCGGCAACAGUGGCCUCGCUGGACUUGACCGAGGAUGGCCAUGUGCUUAAUCUGACCAUCACACACACACACACACACUCACAGAUUCAUACUGCAUAUUCACCAGGCCAAUGCGUUGGGAAGGGUACCUGAGUGAGCUGAAGUUGAAGAAGCGGUCCAUGGCCAUGGCCUUCAU